UCUCGGUCAUGGCAACCGCGUUUUCAUUGACUCAUUCCCUGCAUAGAUCGCACCAAGAACGAACACGCCAAAAACACGGGCGGAUUCAUGAGGAAUGAGCCGAAUCCUCUGUCUCCAUGACAUUCUUCUAAAGGCUUUUCACUGAGUGAGAUCUAGAAGAGAGAUUUGAAUGUUCGCCGUUGAUCGGAUGUUCAGCUGACUGUGAUUGCAGGAACAUUGUGCGAUCAUCAUCAUGGCUGCGUCUGAAUUAUAUACAAAGUAUGCCCGGGUCUGGAUCCCGGAUGUAGAGGAAGUGUGGAGGUCAGCAGAGCUCACCAAGGACUACAGACAAGGAGACGGAGUACUGCAACUACAGCUAGAGGAUGGAAAGGAAUUGGAGUACAAAUUGGACCCCAAGACGAACAACUUGCCACAUCUGCGUAACCCAGAUAUCCUGGUGGGAGAAAAUGACCUGACGGCUCUCAGCUACCUUCACGAGCCUGCUGUGUUACACAACCUGAAAGUGCGCUUCACCGAUUCCAAACUCAUCUACACUUACUGCGGUAUUGUGUUGGUCGCUAUAAACCCAUAUGAGACGCUUCCCAUCUAUGGAUCCGACAUCAUUAAUGCGUACAGCGGGCAGAAUAUGGGCGACAUGGACCCUCACAUCUUCGCAGUGGCAGAAGAGGCUUACAAACAGAUGGCCAGGGAUGAGCGGAAUCAGUCCAUCAUUGUGAGUGGAGAAUCUGGAGCAGGGAAAACUGUUUCAGCAAAAUACGCCAUGCGUUACUUUGCCACGGUCAGCGGCUCUGCCAGUGAAGCCAAUGUAGAGGAGAAAGUUCUGGCAUCCAACCCCAUCAUGGAGUCCAUCGGUAACGCCAAGACCACCAGGAAUGACAAUAGCAGUCGAUUUGGGAAAUACAUUGAGAUCGGCUUUGAUAAGAGGUAUCACAUCAUUGGUGCGAACAUGAGGACAUAUCUGUUGGAGAAAUCACGCGUCGUAUUUCAGGCGGAUGAAGAGAGGAAUUAUCAUAUCUUCUAUCAGCUCUGUGCAUCUGCUCACCUCCCGGAGUUUAAAGCCCUGAAACUCGGGAAGGCUGAUAAUUUUCACUACACCAAACAGGGCAGGAACCCAGUGAUAGAUGGAAUAGAUGAUGCCAAGGAGAUGUCGACCACAAGGAACGCCUUCACACUGCUAGGUGUAAAUGAGUCCUAUCAGAUGGGAUUGUUUCGGAUUCUGGCUUCGAUUUUGCACCUGGGGAACGUGGAAGUGAAAGACAGAGACUCGGACAGCAGUAUCAUUCCACCAAAUAAUGGUCACCUGAGUGUGUUUUGUGAAUUGAUGGGCGUGACGUAUCAAGACAUGUCUCAUUGGCUGUGUCAUAAGAAGCUGAAGACGGCAACUGAGACGUACAUAAAGCCCGUCCCCAAACUACAGGCCAUAAAUGCCCGCGAUGCCCUCGCUAAACAUAUCUACGCCAAACUCUUCAACUGGAUCGUGGACCAUGUGAACAAAUCGCUACAUUCUACGGUCAAGCAGCACUCGUUCAUCGGAGUCCUGGACAUUUACGGGUUUGAGACUUUUGAAAUCAACAGUUUUGAACAGUUCUGUAUUAAUUAUGCCAAUGAGAAACUACAGCAACAGUUCAACAUGCAUGUGUUUAAGUUGGAGCAGGAGGAGUACAUGAAAGAGCAGAUCCCCUGGACUCUCAUUGAUUUCUAUGAUAAUCAGCCGUGUAUCAACCUCAUUGAGGCCAAGAUGGGCGUCCUGGACCUGCUGGACGAAGAGUGCAAGAUGCCGAAGGGUUCAGAUGACUCCUGGGCUCAGAAACUGUAUAACACUCAUUUGAAGACGUGUUCACUUUUUGAAAAGCCACGGAUGUCCAAUAAAGCUUUCAUUAUUCAGCACUUUGCAGACAAGGUGGAGUAUCAGUGUGAUGGUUUUCUGGAGAAGAAUAAAGAUACAGUAAAUGAGGAGCAGAUACAUGUUCUGAAGGCCAGUAAGUUUGACCUGCUGGUGGAGCUGUUCCAUGAUGAGGAGAAAGCAACGAGUCCAACCGGUGCUGCUCCUACCACUGGAGGACGCACUCGCCUCAGUGUCAAACCAGUCAAGAGCAAAGCUGGCCAAUCUAGCAAAGAACACAAGAAGACAGUCGGACUGCAGUUCCGUAACUCUCUGCAUCUGCUGAUGGAGACGCUCAAUGCGACUACGCCGCAUUACGUUCGCUGCAUCAAACCCAACGAUUUCAAAUUUGCCUUCACGUUUGACCCCAAGAGGGCAGUGCAGCAACUGCGUGCAUGUGGAGUUUUGGAAACAAUACGCAUCUCCGCAGCUGGUUUCCCAUCUAGAUGGACGUAUCAAGAGUUCUUUAGCAGGUAUCGUGUCCUGAUGAUACAAAAAGAUGUUUUGACGGACAGGAAGAUGACCUGUAAGAACGUUCUGGAGAAACUUGUGCAGGAUCCAGAUAAGUACCAGUUUGGCAAGACCAAGAUUUUUUUCCGGGCGGGGCAGGUUGCGUACCUGGAGAAACUGCGUGCAGAUAAGUUGCGUGCUGCCUGCAUCCGCAUCCAGAAGACCAUCCGCUGCUGGCUGGCGCGCAAGAAGUACCUGCGCAUGAAACAUGCUGCCACAACCAUCCAGAGAUACGUCCGUGGACACCAGGCCCGCUGUCUUGCAAAAUUCCUGCGUCGCACACGUGCUGCAAUCAUCAUUCAGAAGUACCAGCGCAUGUAUGUCCAGAGAACAUGUUACAAACGCAAGCAGGCUGCUGCUCUGGCCAUGCAGUGCAUCCUCAGGGCCUACAUGGCCAGACAACUGUACAAAGCGCUUCUGCGUGAGCACAAGGCCAUCAUCAUUCAGAAGAUGGUGCGCGGCUGGUUGGCGCGGCAGUGGUUCAAGCGUUCGCUCAGAGCCAUCGUGUACCUGCAGUGCUGCAUCCGUCGCAUGCGAGCCAAGUGGGAACUCAAGAAGCUCAAGAUCGAGGCGCGCUCGGUCGAACACUUCAAGAAACUCAACAUCGGCAUGGAGAACAAGAUCAUGCAGUUGCAGCGCAGGAUAGACGAACAGAACAAGGACAACCGUUCUCUCAGCGAGCGUUUGAAUGGUCUAGAGAUCAGCCAUGCUGCAGAGUCUGAGCGCAUGCGUGUGGAAGUCCACCGUCUGCGAGGGGCAGAAGAGGAUGCCAAAAACAACGCCAACAAAGUUACAACUCUUCUGGAGGAGCUGGAGCGACUGCGCAAAGACCUGAAGAACACACAGAAGGAAAAGAAAGCCAUCGAGGAUUGGGCGAAAACCUACCAGGACGAGAUGGAACAGAUGAUCUCAGAACUAAAGGAGCAAAACCACCUGCUGAAGAACGAGAAAAACGACCUGAACCGACUCAUCCAGGAACAAGGCCAGCAGUGGACAGAGAAAAUGCAGAGGGCUCUAAAGGAGGAAACCCAGCAGCUAGAAAACGAUUUAAACGAGGAACGCUCUCGCUACCAGAACCUCCUUACCGAACACCUGCGACUAGAGGAGAAAUACGACGAUUUGAAAGAGGAGAUCUCACUUGCAGUGAAUGUUCCAAAACCUGGUCACAGGCGCACAGACUCGACACACAGCAGCAACGAAUCAGAAUGUACCUACAACUCCGAAUUUGCAGAGUCCGAGGAAGGGUCCCGCGGAGGGGAGGAUGUUUCCAAGGCGAUACUGGACAUGUCCCUGUUCCUGAAGCUACAGAAGAGAGUAUCCGAACUAGAGCAAGAAAAACAGUCACUGCAGAACGAACUCGACCGGAGGGAAGAGCAGUUUCAGCGGGCUAGAGCUAGGGAUGAUGAGGAACAUAAGAAAGCUCGUGGCGCUGAGCUGGAGUAUGAAUCUCUCAAGCGUCAGGAGUUGGAGUCUGAGAAUAAGAAGCUCAAACAUCAUUUGAAUGAGAUGCGUCAGUCUUUGAGAGGCAGCGCUGAGGCCGGUUCCGCUGCUCCGGGUUCUCCUCCGUACACUGUCCUGCUGGAUCAGCUGAACUCCUCCAACGAGGAGCUGGAGGUGCGGAAGGAAGAGGUGCUCAUCCUGCGCUCUCAACUCGUCAGUCAGAAAGAGGCCAUGCAACACAAGGCAACCAUGACUGAACCUUUGCCGUACAUUGAGGAUGUGCAGAAGUUGACCGAUGCCAAGGAGAUCUCCCAGGCCUACAUGGGUCUCAAAGACACCAACAGAUCACCCAGGUUUACACGCAGACCGACUGAAGUGAACGAGCUUGUGAGCAGGUUGAGAUCCCCAUUCCCUGACUACCAUAAACUGAAUGAGGAUGGAGAGCUGUGGUUGGUUUAUGAAGGGUUAAAGGAAACAAACAGGUUGUUGGAGUCUCAGUUGCAGGCUCAGCGUCGGUCUCAUGACAAUGAGGUGGAGGUUUUGCGUGGAGAGCUGCAGAGUGUUAAAGAGGACAACAACCGUCAGCAGCAGCUGUUGGCUCAGAAUCUUCAGCUUCCUCCAGAGGCUCGAAUCGAGGCCAGUCUGCAACACGAGAUCACGCGCCUCACCAACGAGAACCUGGAGCUUCAUUCUGAUGAUCCAAAGGAGUAUAAAGCCUACAGAAUCAGCAUGUUACGCAGGAUGGUUGAUCUCAUGGAGCAGCUGGAGAAACAGGAUAAGACCGUCCGCAAGCUGAAGAAACAGCUCAAAGUCUUUGCAAAGAAGAUCAAUGACCUGGAAGGUGGGCAGAUGGAUGUGUCUCCAGGACAGACGACUGAUGAGCCUGUUCAUCCAGUGAACAUUCCACGCAGGGAGAAAGAUUUCCAGGGAAUGCUGGAAUACAAGAAAGAGGAUGAACUCAAACUGGUCAAAAAUCUCAUACUUGAGCUGAAGCCUCGUGGUGUGGCAGUGAAUCUGAUACCAGGGCUGCCGGCAUACAUCCUCUUCAUGUGUCUGCGCCAUGCCGAUUAUGUCAAUGAUGACCAGAAAGUCCGAUCUCUACUCACCUCUGUCAUCAACAGCAUCAAGAAGAUCCUCAAGAAAAGAGGUGACGACUUUGAGACUGUUUCCUUCUGGUUGUCCAACACGUGUCGUUUCCUGCACUGCUUGAAACAGUACAGUGGCGAUGAGCAAUUCAUGAAGCAUAACUCCCCUAAACAGAAUGAUCACUGUCUCUCCAACUUUGACCUGGCCGAGUACCGGCAGGUUUUGAGCGAUCUGGCCAUUCAGAUCUACCAACAGCUCAUCAAGUCUAUGGAGAACAUCCUGCAGCCCAUGAUCGUCUCUGGCAUGCUGGAACAUGAAACCAUCCAGGGCGUUUCCGGCGUGAAGCCCACGGGUCUCCGUAAGAGGACAUCGAGUAUCGCCGACGAGGGCACGUACACGUUGGACUCCAUCAUCCGCCAGCUCAAUUCCUUCCACUCCAUCAUGUGUCAGCACGGGACCGACCCGGAGCUCAUCAAACAGGUGGUCAAGCAGCAGUUCUACAUCAUCGGCGCCGUUACUCUCAACAACCUGCUGCUGCGUAAAGACAUGUGCUCCUGGAGCAAGGGCAUGCAGAUCAGGUAUAACGUGAGUCAGCUGGAGGAGUGGCUGAGAGAUAAGAAUCUCAUGACAUGCGGCGCAAAAGAGACGCUGGAGCCGCUGAUUCAGGCCGCACAACUCCUGCAGGUGAAGAAGAAAACGGAUGAGGAUGCCGAGGCAAUCUGCUCCAUGUGUAACGCCCUCUCUACAGCACAGAUCGUGAAGGUGCUGAACUUGUACACGCCUGUCAAUGCAUUUGAAGAGCGUGUGUCAGUAUUGUUCAUAAGAACAAUACAGACGCGUUUACGGGAUCGGAAGGAGUCGCCUCAGCUGCUGAUGGACACCAAAGUCAUCUACCCCGUGACCUUCCCCUUUAACCCCUCCUCUCUGGCCCUGGAAACCAUUCAGAUCCCCGGCAGCCUCAAUCUGGCCUUCCUCACUCGCGUGUAGACCUGUCAAUCACCUCACCUCAGCCAAUCACACGGCAGGAACAGGGAGCCAAAAUAUUUCAAUAAAUAAAUAAUCAGUUGUUAUAGGUAAAUAAGCCACAUAAUUAAAGAGAAUGCAAUUUAGACCAUGUCACCAAUCCCUCUUUUUGCUCUUCUUCAUCACUUUUGUCUAUUCUUUAAAAGGGUGAAUCUUGCAAAAACCUGUUUUACUUAAAGAAAAUUCAGCCCAUACCAUUAUACCAUUAAGUUUUUGGACAUUGUGAUGCUAUUUUAAUGAUAAUUAAGCACUUUCCCUCAACAGUUUUGUAUUGCUUUAUUGCAAAAAAAAAUAUCUUAUUGCGAAAACAAAUAAUAUUAUUCACAUUGUACAGUAUUUGCGGGCAUAUGCUGAAUCAAAUAAAUAAUUGGAACUCACUGGAAUGCAGUAAAAUAUAUAUGAUAUUAUUAAUGAGAAACAUUGAGGAUAGUGUGAAUAACAGAAAUGCCCAAAACUAAAAUGUCCACAAACAUUACAGUAAGGAGAAUAUGGGCAGAAAUAUCCAUGACAACAGUUACAAUACAACAACAAAAAAACAACAAUGUUUUUUUACAUUGUUUAUAUUUAAUACAAAACACAAAACAAUGUUUUUAAAAAAAAUGGCCUUCAUUGACUUCAUUCUUUUGAUCGUGGAACCUGGAUAUAUAUAUUUUUUGUGAGAUUCACCUGGAAUAUUUCAGAGAUGUUUCGCUUAUUGAACAUUACGAAAGUAAGAAUGAAGCUCAAAAUAACUAAUUCUAACACUAAUGCCUUUUCAGACCACUGUCACAACCAGAAUAUGUUUCCCGGGGCUGUAUAAUCUUAUACAUAUAUAAAUAUCUAUGAAAGUGUA